AUGGGACAGACUGUCACCACCCCCUUGAGCCUCACGCUUGCCUCCUCCCUUUACCCUGUUCUCCCACGAAAGGAUCCCCCUAAGACCCCUGUCCUUCCCCCUGACCCCAAUACACCUCUUAUUGACUUCCUGACAGAGGACCCACCGCCAUACCCGGGGAAUCGGGGAACAGGGGAACAGGCGGCCCCCUCAGCGGCGCCAGAACCCCCGGCGGCCCCCGCAGCGGCACCAGAACUGCUGGCGGCUCCCUCCUCUCCGGCUCCCUCCACUCCGACUCGCUCCUCUCCGGCUCCCUCCCCAAUUGCCGGUCGCCUCCGAGGAAAGCGCAAAGAACCAGCUAAAGAAUCCAGGGCCUUCCCCCUCUGGGAGGGCCCCAAUCACCAGCUCCAAUACUGGCCAUUUUCGGCCUCUGAUCUUUACAACUGGAAGCAGCAUAAUCCUCCUUUCUCUAAGGACCCUGUUGCCUUGACUAACCUGAUUGAGUCCAUUUUAAUGACCCACCAGCCUACGUGGGAGGAUUGUCAGCAGUUAUUGCAGACCCUCCUGACUGUGGAGGAGAAGCAGCGAGUCUUCUUGGAGGCUCGGAAGCAGGUUCCUGGAGACGAUGGAAGACCCACCCAAUUGCCUAAUGCAGCCUUUCCCCUCACCCGCCCGAACUGGGACUUCAUGACCCCAGAAGGUAGGGAGAACCUACGUCUCUAUCGCCAGUUGCUCUUAGCGGGUCUCCGGGGGGCUACUAGACGCCCUACCAAUUUGGCUCAGGUUAGAAAUGUGAUUCAGGGAAAGGAUGAGACACCGGCAGCAUUCUUAGAAAGACUCAGAGAAGCCUAUAGGAUGUAUACCCCGUAUGAUCCAGAAGAUCCAGGACAGGCGCCAGGCGUCAUCUUGUCUUUCAUCUAUCAGUCAAGUCCAGAUAUAAGGGCCAAAUUACAGAGACUAGAGGGAUUGCAUUCAUUCAGUUUGUUAGAUUUAUUGAAAGAAGCAGAGAAAAUGUUUAAUAAAAGAGGGGAGAGCAAUGUGGAUGGACGUGGAAAGGUUAAAGAAAAGACAAUAGAGAAGAGAGCAAGAGAGAAGAUGGGAGUAGAAAAUGGAGGGACGUGGAAUGGAUAAACAGAAGAGGUCAUAG